AAUGUAGUCGCAGGGGUAAAACGAGUUGUCUGACGUUGAGAAAGUCAACUGAGUCGCAUCUUUCGAAGGGCACAUUGGCGGGCACAAAUGGUUCGACUGUAGAACGCUGAAUCUUCAGCCGCAAGCAAACUGAUUGAGAGCUGAGAUAGUGAUGGACCGAGGCGGCCGAGGGAUCAGAUGAGUUCCUCUGCGAAUGGUCAUGGUUCGGACUAUGCCUAACGACAAAAAGUUUCUCGACACGGCAUGAAAAGCUCAAACCCGUCGUGACUGACCGAGAGUUGACUUGGGCAACGAUAAGAUGAUCGCGGGAGACCUUCCAACAUUUCCGAGCUCACAACAUCGAGCUGCAUUAUGAGCAUGUAGAACCAGACGUCCCGACCGAUGAACUCGAACUGGUCUCUGUAACAUCGCCCUCCGUGUUCUGCGACACGGAGGAUCGUGCGGGAUUUGGGUGUGGUCAGCAGGCGAACAAAUUCGACAGAGAGAUCUUUGCGUACAAUAUAUCCUAAAUUCAACCUAGACUGGACUAUUCCGUGACGUACGAUGGUCAGAAGCUCGUCGGUAGGAGAACUCUGUAGCUUAAGCAGAGGAAUUGUGCAGCUUGCGGUGCUUCUCGUCUUCCUCACAUCUCACAGUUCGCAAUCGGCUGUGCAAUCGGGAGGCGAGUUAUUCGAUUUGAUAGAACAAAGUGUUCAAGACCUCGCCCAAAAGGUCGGGGAAAUUUAUCCGUCGCCGUGUGGCACCGGCGGUAGCGGUCUGAAGUCAUGUAACGUCAAGCAGUGCACGCAGGACGAGUGCCGGCCACUGACCGAUACUCUCGAAUGUGUCAGCGUCGAAGUGAGCCCGCGCUGCGAAGCGCGAUUACCAACAUGUGCAAACACCUCGAUCAGACUUUCCAAGCAAAAGAGUGGCAUGACAUACCCCCGGGCAAAGAUAGGCGACCCGCCAGACGAACCACAAGCCAGAUCGAUUUGUGGAUCGACGGACCUCGAUCCAACAUUCAAGGAACUUUACAAUAAGAACCCGUAUCAUACGGACUACUACGUGGGAUUCACAGAUGGAAGUCGGCGUCUUUACCCGGGAAGGGAAGAGGCGGACCCGAAUUCAGCUUAUCCGUGUACAGCUUACGAUUCCAGGAAACGGCCCUGGUACAAUGGCGCAAUUUCGCAUCCGAAUCACCUCGUGAUUCUGUUGGACAUCGCAUUCGUACCCCUCGAUGUAUCUUAUGUAGAGCAGAGCGACGCGCUGAGUAUGGCGACAGAUUUCGCCAAAGCGCUUCUGUACUCUGUCUACUACGAGGACCGCAUCAAUGUCGUGGAGUUCAACACGCAAGCCAAACCACUAGUCCCUUUAUCGAUUGUAGUGGAAUACAAUCUGACGGACCCCCAGUAUCAUCAGGAGUUGCAAGUUUUGGAGACGGAGCUUCAGAACCUAAAACCGUCAGGACAAGAGAGUGGGCCGUCGUCCAACUUGACGAGCGGACUGGAAGCAGCUCUGAAGCUUUUAGGGGGACCGGACGAGAGAACAUCGAAGAACAUCAUCGUGUUCACCAGCCGUGGCAUCUUGCAAGACGAAUCGCUCAACAAGACUCUGGACGAUGUUGUGAACAAUCUCGUGAGGCUAUUCGUUUUCAGCAUGAAGAGUACCGACGAGAACCUGCAGGACUACAUUCGUGUGGCCAACAGGACUCGCGGACUUCACGUCAGUCUUCCGAGUGCAAGCCGUGCAAAUCCUUUGUACCACAUGCGUUCCUAUUUCAAUUACCUGGCCUCCAUGCAGGCACUGUCGGGCCGUUCCUUGCCAUUCUGGACACAUUUUUACUCUGAUUACUACGACAUAGGCAAAAUCAUCACAGUCGCAGUUCCCGCGUUCUCUAGCGGCUCCGGUAAUUCCCGCAAGUUUGUUGGAGUGGCAGCCAUUGACGUCAUGUACGAUGAGAUUCUCGAUCCUGAGAUAAAGGCCGAGUUCGAACUUGCCCUGAAUUCUCGUCCACUUAAUGGAGGUGUCUUCAAUGAAACAUUGUUCUACUUGACGAUGCCCUUCGAUGAUAGCUCUGGCGAUUCUUGUGACGACUUUUCUGCCGUCGGAGAAGCCAUGUGCCCAUCAGAUGCAAAGCCCGCAAUAGCUUCGUUUGUCGAUCGCUUCUGUUGUGAAACAUGUUCAGCUGGAUCGGCCCCUGUCUCCAACGUCUGGAUUAUCGUAGGCAGCUCGGUAGGUGGUGUUCUGCUCUUAGCUUUAGUGUCACUUGUAAUUUUCUUCUUUCGGAAACGCCAUUCACAGGCACCAAUAAAACCAGUAGAGUCUGAGGCGAGUGUACAAAGUGACCCUUCGCCAUUGCAAAGCCCUAGGACUCCAAGAAAAGAUUCCCUGGUACCGAAUGCUGGUGGCAGCGGAGCACCGCAUAGGAUCCAUCAAACGCUUUCUAGAUUGUGCGUGGACUCUUUUCAGGACGUAAAUAAUGGAGCUAAACCUCAGAGGUAAACCUUCGGAGUAGUUUAGGAGGGAAUUGAUUAGGGUUUAGAGAUGAUCAUCUUCUUCUUCUUUUAAAUUAUUUUAGGGAUUUAGAGGUAGACUGUGGAUCGAGUCAUAUAAUAGUCUCACGAUCGAUCCUCUCGAACUGUGGUUCAUGAAGAUAGGGUUGAAAUUAAUCAUUGUAGUUAGAAGCUUUCAUGUACAUCGAGAUGGUUGCUCGCAUUGUUGUAUCUUUCGUUUAUCUUGGGCCUCAGGUAUUAUUAGUGUACUAUGGCAGACCGGCCAUCCGAAUUGAACAUUAGUUUUGAGUCAGUACCGAAUCUAGAGUCGCCGUCGAUGUUGAGAGGUCGGCAAAACUGAUCGACUAUGUUUAUAUCUUGAAUCUUUCGCGACUGAUUCAUCAAGCGAACACUCUUUGCUUUACCACUGAAGCUUGAUUACACGACCAAUUGUACAUCACAAUACAUCACAUAAUUCUAGUACCAUAAUAUGAGACAUUAUGGUAGUUAAAAUUAUUUGCUUGGAUAAGAUGUAGCUUCAUGUACACAUCGAUUAGUUUUCAACGGCCCUUAUAGUCAAGAGAUUGUACAACAAGGAUCAUGAAAGAAAUCC